AUGUCAACUGAUCACCCGCAUGUUAAUCGUCGAAUUGAUAUUCCCCCAGAUGAGGCCAUCAAACCUCCUCUUACUUUUGGGGAAUUCCCUCUAGAUGAGGCAGUGCUAGAGAAGCUCCCGAUUCCCGGAACGCGAGUCAUCUCCUCCAAGACCUACGGCAUGUCACUGUGGGGUCGUUGUUGCAAAAUUCUCGCAGAGCUUCCCGAUAAAACAACGAUAUUGUAUUUUCUAAAGGUGGCGAAGGGUCCGAAUGCUCCCAUGAUGUGCGAGGGCGAGUUCGAGUCCCUGAAUGCCAUGAACCAGGCCUUAUCGUCAAUUGCACCAAAGGCUUUGGCGUGGGGUAAGUAUAAAAAUGAAGAUACAUAUUUUAUGAUGGCCGAAUUUCGUGAGAUCGGACAGCAGCCGCCCGAUCCUAUCAAAUUUACUUCCCGACUAGCGAAGAUGCACGAAGUAUCGGUCUCGCCAACUGGCCGAUUCGGAUUUCAUACGACCACCUGUCAUGGUUUUAUACCCCAGGCCACAAAUAUGUGGGAAGAUUCUUGGGCAGUUCUAUACCAAAAACAGCUGGCUCACAUGCUAGCUAUAGAUUUGGAGAAAAAUGGACCCUGGGCGGAAUUUGAGCAAUUGUCCGAUUUGACGCUAAAAAAAGUCAUUCCGCGGCUUCUGAAUCCUCUGCAAAGCGAGGGCCGCAGCAUCAAGCCGUGUCUUCUCCACGGAGACUGCUGGGAUGAAAAUACAGCGACAGAUAUGGAGAACGGCGAGCCGUUUGUGUUUGAUGCUGGAUCGUUUUAUGGCCAUAAUGAGUAUGAUAUUGGAAACUGGAGAGCACCACGUCAUCGACUGAGUAGCAAAGUCUAUGUUCGUAAUUACAAACGUCAUUUCGCAGUUUCGGAGCCAGAGGAUGAUUGGGAUGGAAGAAACCUUCUCUACUCCCUUAGGUUUAAUGUUGGAGCAGCAAUUCUCAUUCCUGGAUGUAAUCAGCGCGAGGUUGUUUUCGAGGGCAUGAAGGAACUCUGUCGCACCUACUGCUUAGAUGACUAUCGCAAGGUUAUGCAAGGUGCUGACCAGGAUGCAUCGGAUGAGUUAGGAGAAAAAGAUGAGGAAGAAGAGGAAGAAGAGGCAGAAGAUGAAGAGGAAGAGGAGGAGGAACAGGAGAAAGGACACGCAAGGAACCGAACUUGA